GCGAAAGUCUGUUAUUAACUAUUGUACAUGUGUUGCAUUGUUUGACGGAGCAUAUAUGCGCAAAACUAUUGCCGUUGGAAAUAUAUCUUAGCGUAAAACUAUAAUAUAUCUAUGGACUUUGAAUUAAGAUGAUUAAAUAUUUACUGAUAUUAUGCUUCUUUAAUACCGUCAGAACAUCUGAACAUUAUGAAGGUCUUCUACAUGAACAUUUGUUCAAGGAUUAUAUCGUCAACGUGAGACCUGUUUCUGAUUAUCAGAAUACAGUUUUUGUAACACUUGCGCUUUCAUUACGGAAAAUUCUACAUUUAGAUGAAAUUCAUCAGUCAUUUAAAACGACAGUUAAUAUACUCCUUUAUUGGAAAGAUGAAAUGCUUACAUGGAAUGAAACAGAAUAUCAUGAAAUAUCAAGUUUAGAAUUCCCAUUUCACAAAAACAUUUGGACACCUGAUUUGAUGAUAUACAACGCUCUGAAGACACCGGGUAAAAUCGGGAUGAAAGGCGCGUUUGUGAGACUAUAUAGCAAUGGACAAGUGUUCGUGUGGACACAGACAAACAUAGAUACAGCCUGUGAAAUCAGAACAAAGAAAUAUCCAUUUGAUGAGCAAACAUGUAAAAUUAUCUUUGCAAAAUUUAUAAGUUCAGACAGAAAGGUAAUGAUUACACCAAUAACAGAUUCUAUUGAUAUGGCCGAGUAUGUAGAGGUAGCAGAAUGGGAUAUUAUAGAAAACCAAGCAACAACUGAAGUGCGCCCGUAUAAUAUAUCCAAAAACGUCCUCGAGAACGCUUCAGAAAUUGAAACUUUGAAUUAUACUUAUAUCACAUACACGUUAAAAAUGAAACGCUCGUGUCGAUUAUGUUUUCACAAUGUGAUUAUCCCUGUUCUGGUUCUGGCAGCUUUGAAUAUGCUGACGUUUUUUGUUCCUUGUGAGAGUGGAGAGAAAACUAGUUUUCCCAUCUCGAUUUUCCUUACCUUAGCUGUGUUUCUUACGAUGAUUACACAGUCUUUGCCGGAAUCAGUUGACGGGGUAUCCUAUUUGAGUUCGUACGUCACAUUCCAGCUAGCGAUCAGUGCGGUUACGUUAUUUUCUGCUGUUAUUUCCCUACAUCUUCACUAUAAGAAAGGAAACUCACAGGUUCCAAAAUAUGUACACUCCCUGGUAAGUGUUUUAAAAUUCGGAAGGAGUUCGGUAACAACAAAAAGCGAACAGGCAAAAGGUGACGAAAACUGUUUUGGACCACAUCUAAAUGGAAGUGCCGAAGGAAACAAAACUGCAAAAGAAGUAGCUCCCGUCAAUGUUUCAUAUACUUUCGACAGAUUGAUGUUCGUGUUACUGUUGCUAUGUGAAACAAUUACUACCGUUAUUUUCAUUGAACAGAUUAUAAACUGAAUAAUCAACAGGUUGUUGAUUAUGAGUGGUCACAUGCUAACAAUACUGUUUUUUAUACAAUUUUAGUGAGGUCAAAAAGUAAAAUGUUGAUUAUGAGAAGUCACAUGCUAACAACUUUGUUUUUCUACAAUGAUGGUUCUUGAUUAGGAAUGCAUCGAUCUAGAAAAAGUGAUUUUGAGCGAGGGCUUAUCGAUUUUGAUCAAGUGAUAUCAGCCUCCCAGAUUUUUAAAAAGCCUCAUUUUGCAGACAAUUUUUUUUUAUUAAAUGCAAUAACUCGACAAUGAGAAGAAUACAAUGUAAACUAUAAAGCAGCUUGUCCUGUUUUUUCGUUGUAAACAAAACCAAUGAUAAAUAUCAAACAGGGAAUGCCACGUUACAAAAAUGCAGCGGCCCCUGCAUGCAGAUGUGCACACGCACGCACGCACGAACAUACGCACUCACAGCAAACACGCGAGGAGAAAACGAAUGAUUAAAGGACCACAGUGGGACACCGCUUUCGGACGGUGUCAAAUGGACCAUAAAAAAAGCUUUAAUAAGGUUUCAAAUAUUUUAGAGUAUGUUGAUUGUAUAUACAUGUAUGUUUGUUUCGUAUCGAUUUCAUUCAUGUUGAUAAAUAUCUGUGUUAACCAUUUAGUAAUACAUUGCAGUUAGGCAGGUCAAUAUAAAAACGUUUACUAUUUAUUAUCAAUGUAACAACUACUUACCAAGAAAUUAUAAAACUUUUAUUUACUGACAGAUCAGUGUAGGAAUGAUAGAUUUGUUCACCCAUAUUCGUCAUAGAUAAUACACGUCUUUGUCAAUAUAUAAAGACUAGUAUUUAUUAUUUUAUUUUACUUAUUUAAUA